GGCCAUCUUGGUUUUCAUCAGCGUUUCUACAUUCACUUUCAUUGCAAAGGACCUCCUGACCGGUCAUCUAUUUCGUUCAAACGUCUCUUCGCGGGAAGCAUGGGCUGAGUUCUGCUCUGCGGUUCGCCUCUGUCUGCUGAAGGAAGCCCCGUCGUCUGCUAAUGCGUGACUGUAGUUGGAUGAUUUCAGCGUGAUUCUCGGAGAGAUGUCUGCCGCAGAAGGAGCUCAUAGCCCGGACAGACUCAAUCAGUUUGAGCAGCUGUCUGGAAGGCCUCCGCUAAGAGCUGCAGGCUCUAAGAAGAGAGUUUCCUGGGUACAAGCUCGAAGACUCCUUGGCCAGCCCUGCCCCACUCUACGGAUCCCUAACAGGUUUUUAAGAGAAGGUCACAGAGCCCCCCCGGCCCGGAGCGGCCAUCGCUGUGUGGCUGACAACACCAACCUCUAUGUGUUUGGAGGGUAUAACCCCGACUACGACGAAUCGGGUGGCUCAGAGAAUGAAGACUACCCUCUGUUCAGGGAGCUGUGGAGGUUCCACUUCGCCACAGGAACAUGGCAACAGAUCCGCACAGAGGGUUUCAUGCCUACUGAACUGGCUUCAAUGUCAGCUGUUUUGCACGGAAACAACCUGCUUGUUUUUGGCGGGACCGGAAUCCCGUUUGGGGAAAACAACGGAAAUGAUGUUCACGUCUGCAACGUUAAAUACAAACGUUGGUCCCUCCUCAACUGCAGGGGCAAGAAACCCAAUCGAAUAUAUGGACAGGCGAUGGCCAUAAUCAACGGCUUCCUAUAUGUAUUUGGAGGUACGACAGGCUACAUCUACAGCACAGAUCUUCACAGACUGGAUCUGACAACACGUGAGUGGAUUCAUCUGAAACCCAACAACCCUCCAGAUGACCUGCCGGAGGAGCGAUAUAGGCAUGAGAUAGCCCACGAUAGACAGAGGAUCUAUAUUCUAGGAGGGGGAACUUCCUGGACUUCCUACCCAUUAGACAAGAUACAUGCAUAUAACCUUGAAACAAAUUCCUGGGAGGAAAUCACAACUAAGCCUCAUGAAAGAAUAGGAUUCCCAGCCCCUCGGAGAUGUCAUAGUUGUGUGCAGAUUAAAAAUGAUGUAUUUAUAUGUGGAGGUUACAAUGGUGAAGUAAUACUAGACGACCUGUGGAAAAUCAACCUGCUGACGUUUCAGUGGAAUAAACUACCUGCAGUGAUGCCUGAACCUGCGUACUUCCACUGUGCUGCUGUUACCCCGGCCGGCUGCAUGUACAUCCAUGGUGGUGUGGUGAACAUCCAUGAGAAUAAGCGGACUGGUUCCUUAUUUAAGAUCUGGCUGGUAGUGCCCAGUCUGCUGGAGCUGUGCUGGGAGCGUCUGCUCAAAGCCUUCCCACACCUGGCCCAACUUACCCCGAUACAGCUGCUAAACUUGGGCCUCACCCAGGAACUCAUUGAACGCUUGAAAUAAAGAGGCGAGGGGACUGUGAGUGUGAGAGACAGACUGUGUACGUACUGUGCGUGUACCUUUUUUUUUUUUUGCAGCUGAUCAUGGGCAGCACUUGAAACCAGUGUGUGGAUGAUUACAAAAACAGGAUCAACUAAGGAACCCCAUCCUAACAAAGCCCGCCUUAAAACCAAAAACUGUAGAAGGCCUUUUUUGUUUUGCUAUGCACCUUUUAAUGAUUUGAAAAUCAAUACAAAACAUAAAUAUCCAUUAGAGAGAAAGACCUAUGGGUCAGUGACCUGAAAGUAACUCUUUUUUUUUCUUUCUUGAGAUUGUAAUAUUGUUAUUUAUUGACCUUCAGUAGUGACCUGGGGGACACGUCGAGUAGAUUUUAAUGAUGUAUCUUAAUUCAAUUUCCUCUCCUGUCAAAUAAUUAUUUAAGUUUUAUGAUUCACCACAUCACGGCGUGAAUAUUAAAUCAGCAGAGAUGUGACCAGGGUUCGAUUAGCUUGAGUUUCCAGGCAACUGUUUGGAUAUCUGAACAGACUUACGCAGAACUCUUGAUGUCUGAUUAAAAUUAAAUGUUUUAACAAAAUGGGAUUUGACAGAGAAUGUUGAUUUUUAGGUUGGAUGCUGUUGCUCAGAUUUGCAGUUAAGGCACAAACACCAAGACCAAGUAAUGUUUCGGCAGAGCUGUUCCCAUGUUUCACUCAGUUUUGUAAACCAAUCGUUACAUCACUGUGAAUAAGGUGCUCCUAAAAUGACUUUUAAUGGUUUUACUGAAAUAAAAAAUGUUUUUCUGUAAAUCAUCCCUCAUAUGUUCAAACAGACACAUUGACAGUGCCUUUACUGACCAUGACAUGAUGUGCUAAAUUUAACAAAGCCUUGCUAAAAGCACUUUAUUAUUAUUAGUUAUCUCAAAUUCUAUUCUAGAACAAGCUGACCUGAAUUUAUAAUGCAAAAAAUGCACACUUAGCUUCAAGCUUUCUAGCACUUGAUGCAUUUACCAAAAAUAAAACUAUUUAAAUGUCAAACUGUUUGGUCAGCACAAUGCUAAUGAUAUUUUGGAGAGAUAACCUUCCUGUCAUUUAGCAAUAAUGUAGCGGAGCAUCUUUUACUUUGCUGACCUAAAAAAAAAAAAUCUCUGAAUUCAAAACAUAUCUGGUCGCAAUGACAAAUACAGCAUCUUGAAUUCAGAGUUAAUGCGUUUUGCCUUGUUGGGUUAUGUAACCGGUUACAAUUCUUUUGCACCAGCAAUUGAUGUAGUUGAGUAAAAUGUUGAAAGGUUAACAAUUGCCAUUAAACCCAGUUAAAUUUAAUUUAUGUUGACAAAGUAGCUUCUUUCUGGUAUUAGGUCACAUACAUGCCCAUAAUAUAUGCCUAUCCAUCCACCUUCUGCCAUCUUCUUUCUGCAUGACUGGAUUUCUAUUUGCGUGGGUCAGGAUUUAAGUGGUGCUUUGUCAUACAGGCGACGUGCAGACUGACAACUCCACAUUUAUUUUUAGAAAUGAUUUCAGCAGCACAGUGAAAAUUUUCACUCAGUCUGGAUGGAGUGACGAGAGUCCCUACAAUUGUGUUUUUGUUUUGUUUUUUGAGAUGAGGGGUCUCGCUGGACUUCGAUUCCUCAGUUGUCCAGCAAAUGUUCAAGGUACUUACUGGUUACCUGUAACAGUUUUGGGUUUUACUGUUGAAUAAUUAAUAAACUUCAAACUGGCGGUGUUGAAUCUCUAGUGUUUACACUGGAAGGGAAUAAAAAAUGUAUUGUGAUUCA